GCACAGUUUAUGCAGCUGCUGCCUUAGUGCCCAAGCGCCAAAAUCAUGAGCAGGGCCAAGGGCCAGUCAGUGUUGGCACCUUUGGAUCCCCCCACACUAGGAGCAAGCAGAGGGGCUGUGGAUGCUCUCUGGUGCAGGGACACUGGUGGCCAUGAGCUUGGGGAUGGAUCAGGGAUGCUUUUGGAGCCUCAGGGACAAGUUUCCUUGAGAUUUUGGGAUGGGGAAUUUUGAGGAGGAAACAAGGAGGUGACUGCAGCCACUCCGUGUGCAGGGAGCGAUUCCCUGCUCCGGGCUUGUGAUCCCCAUGGGAUGAGGGGAGGUUGGGUGGCAGCUGGGUGCUGGCUGCAGCUCCCACCUUAUCUGCAUCGGGGUGGGUGCCAUGCUCAGCGCCGGCUGAGCUCCCCGGGGACCGCUGCAGCCUCAGGGAAGGUCUCGCCUGGAGAAAGCCCAACCUGGUGGGAAAAACCUCAUGGUCAGAACUGGUGCCAGGGAGGCGGCAGCACCCGCAGCCAGGACCCGACCCGGCUGCACCGGCGCGGUGCCAGGGCAGGGGCUGGAUCGGCAGCGAGGGCCCCGAGAGCCCAGUUUGACCUUCACAGAGCAGGGAAGCGCUGGGCUGAGCCGGGGCAGGGGGGGAAAGGAGGGGAGAGGAGGAACGCUCUGCUCUGCGGGGUCACCUCCGUGCUUGGCGGGCACCCGCAUCCCACCCCCCGGAGCACCAUGGCGUCCCGCAUCGGCCUGCGGAUGGAGCUGAUGAAGCAGCAAGCGCAGCAGGAGGCCGAGAGGGAGCGCAUGCAGCAGCAGAUGAUGAUGAACUACAUGCAGCAGCAGCGGAUGCCGGUGGCCUCCACCCCGGCCAUCAACACCCCUGUCCAUUACCAGUCCCCACCGCCUGUGCCUGGAGAGGUCCUCAAGGUCCAGUCCUACCUGGAAAACCCCACCACGUACCACCUGCAGAAGUCGCGGGAUAAGAAGGUUCAGGCUUAUCUCUCUGAAACCUAUGGGAACAAGUUUGCUGCCCACGUCAGCCCCGUCAGCCACUCUCCCAAGCCACCCCCCGCUGCAUCCCCUGGUGUCCGAGCCAGCCACGUCCUGUCCUCCUCGGCGGGCAACAGCGCGCCCAACAGCCCCAUGGCCAUGCUCAACAUCGGCUCCAACCCGGAGCGGGAGUUUGAUGAGGUCAUCGAUGACAUCAUGCGCCUGGAUGACGUCUUGGGCUACAUGAACCCUGAAGUCCACAUGCCCAACACGCUCCCGAUGUCCAGCAGUCACAUGAAUGUCUAUAGCGGGGACCCCCAGGUGACAGCCUCCCUCGUAGGUGUCACCAGCAGCUCCUGCCCCGCUGACCUCACCCAGAAGAGAGAGCUGACAGAUGCUGAGAGCCGAGCCCUGGCUAAAGAACGCCAGAAGAAAGACAAUCACAACCUGAUUGAGAGGCGGCGAAGGUUUAACAUCAACGACCGCAUCAAGGAGUUGGGGAUGCUGAUCCCCAAGGCCAACGACCUGGACGUGCGCUGGAACAAAGGGACAAUCCUGAAGGCGUCUGUGGACUACAUCAAGAGGAUGCAGAAGGACCUGCAGAGGUCACGGGACCUGGAGAACCACUCGCGGCGUCUGGAGAUGACAAAUAAGCAGCUGCUGCUCCGCAUCCAGGAGCUGGAGAUGCAGGCACGCAUCCACGGGCUGCCCACCUCCUCGCCCUCGGGUGUCAAUGUGGCCGAGCUGGCUCAGCAGGUCGUCAAGCAAGAAGCCAGUGGGGAUGAGGGGACACUGGAGCCACUGCUGCCCGCCCUGGACCCCGAAUCGCAGCCGCAGCCCGCGCUGCCUCCACCACCCCAGUCUCCCUACCACCAGCUGGACUUUACCCACAGCCUGAGCUUCGACGACGGCUCCCAGGGCUUCCCAGACAGCCUGGAGCCUGGCCACAGUGCUUCCUUCCCAUCCCUAUCCAAGAAGGAGCUGGACUUGAUGCUGAUGCAGGACACGAUGCUGCCUCUGGCCUCCGACCCCUUGUUCUCAGCCAUGUCCCCGGAGGCCUCCAAGGCCAGCAGUCGCCGGAGCAGCUUCAGCAUGGAGGAUGCUGACAUGCUGUGACGAGGAGCCGACGCUGGGGCGAGGACCGGACCUUCGGGUUUGGUUGGUGAAGUUACCGGCCCCUCUUCCCAUAGGAGGAGCCCGUCCUGCCGCGCACUUGAAGCUAUGUAGGAGUGAGGAGAACCUUUUCUCUAUGCAACGGGGGGGCUCGGAGCCAGGCUCCCCGGGUGCCGCCGUGUCUUUCGCAAGCUUUUCUUUGGCCGGGAGCUGGAGCAGACCUUGCCUUGCCCUGGCGUUGGCCUGACUGCAGAUUCCACAGCCCCGGAGCCUGGGUCUCGGCUGCUUUUGCCUUUCAGCACCCCCCUGCCACACCGAACCCGUUCCCCAGGGCGCUGCUCAGAGCCCAAGGAGCCUUCCCUGGGAGGAGAGGAGAGGGACGAUGCUCAGAGCUUUGUGUCUGCCUUGCUGCCUCCUGGAGCCUCCAUCCUCAAUGAGCCUUCCCCAUCCUCUGAGCCCCAUGGAUGCUUCCCUUUGCCACGUCCUUCAUGGUUCCUCCUUCCUCAGCGCGCUCCAAGGUGUUAACUGGAGCACGUUAAUCCA